AUGACAGCGGCAAUGGCGCGUGCGUUCAAGCAUUUGGCCAUUAUCGAGGAAGAGCCUCGAUUGCUGCCACGUUUGGCCCGUUUGACAAACAAUGCUUACAGUGGGAAACAGUAUCUUGGAAAGGAGAGUGAAGGGAAGAUAACUCGGCAAAUGAUUGAUCAGCUCUGCGCAACUUCGUUUCCUCCUUGUAUGCGCCAAAUUCAUCAUCGCCUUCGAGCCGAUCACCACCUGAGACACGGAGCCAGGAGGCAGUACGGUUUGUUCUUGAAAGCUAUAGGUCUAUCUCUUGAUGAGGCAAUGAUGUUCAUGCGGGAAGAGUUUACAAAGAAAAUAGACUCAGAUAAAUUUGAAAAGCAGUAUGCCUAUAAUAUCCGUCACAUGUACGGAAAAGAAGGUCAGCGAAAGGACUAUCCAGCAUUCCCUUGCAGUACGAUUAUUUUGAGUAAUCCACCUGCUGUUGGUGACUGUCAUGCCAUCUUUCUUACCCUAGGUUGUCCAUUCAAACACUUGGAGCAUCAGUUACUAGCUCAACGUUUGGAAAAGGACGGUUUGAACGGUAGUCAAAUCAACCAGAUAGUGAACUACUCAAAGUCAUCUGCAUUUGACAAAGCAUGCACUCGCUAUUUCGAGUAUACACACAAAAUGGCCGAAGGCGCAUUGGGUCAACUGAUAACCCAUCCAAACAGCUAUUACGAGCUAUCACACGAGGUGAGUGAUCUAAAAUUCUGUGAUUAGCU